GUCGCGCGGGCGUUGGCAGCGGGAAGGCGGCAACCGGCUGCGUCGGCCGACUCGUGAGCUCGCGCCUUCAGGAAGCACCGCGACAGUUUUAUCGAGCCUUUCUUCCGCGACCACGCUGGCAGAUAGCAUAAGCGACCAAACGAAUUGCGCCUUAUCGCAGCCACUGGCACGCAGACAAAAGCGGGCCCCCACGGAUAUGUUCGCGUAGCGUACGAGACUGGCGGCGCGGCUGGCUCUCGGCGGGCCUCUCUGUCGUCACCGCCAGCUGUUUUAGAGCGUGAGGCAACGCGGUUUCCGCUUGGCGCACGCGGCGAGCUCGUUGUGUCGACGACUGCGAUCCAGGCCCGCGUCGCACGGGUGUCGAUGAUGAACGCGCGUCGUCGAUGAUGGACAGCGCUGCUUCGUCCCCUCGCAAGGAUCCCGUGCGGCUGGGUCCGGUGCUGGAAGAGAGCGUGGCCUCCUCUUCGGUGGUGCUGCCAUGCGACUCCGAUAACGGCCGCCUGACCUGGCGCGAGCGAUGGGUUCCCUUCUUCCGAGGCUUGGGCCUCGAGUCCGUGCUCUUCCUCUACACGAUCACGUUCGCCAUGCGCUUCGUCGUCACCCAGCAGCUCUUCAUUGCCAAGUCGUGCCUGUCUGCCUACCCCGACGACGUGUGCGCCACGCUGAGCCAGCAAAAUGCCAGCGUGCGCGACGCCGUCACCCGCAACGCCAACGUGCACAACCUUUUGCUGGUGCUUGCCGAGUUCGUUCCUGCCGCAGUGAUGUCGGUGUUCCUCAGCUCGUGGUGUGACAAGCACGGUAACCGCAUUCCUUUGCUGCUGAACCUGUGCGGCGCGUUUGUGCUGGACGCCGGCACCAUCGUCACUGUGCUGGUGUUUUCGGCGCCCAUGUACGUGAACGUCCUCCUCGGACUAGUGUGCGGUAUGACCGGUGGCUUGGUAUGCAUGACUGCCAUCGUUGAGAGCAACGCAUCGCGAUCGUCGCGCGAAGACAUGCGUGCCGUCAAGUUCCUCGUCGUCAUGAGCGCCUUGCUAGUCGGUGUCCAGCUGGGACAGGUGAUAUCGGGCGAACUCUUCAGCGCAGGCGGAUACCUGCCCGUGUACUGCGUCUCCGUUGGCAUAGUUGUGUGCAGCAUGCUGUUUGUGCUAGUGUUUAAGGCCGGAACCUCAUCGUCGACGUCUCGGCUGAGCGACAUGCUGAAGGACCUACGGAUGCACAACUUCAAAGAAGGCUUCGACGCGGCCUUUGGCUGGAGACCACACGGACUCCGGCACCGGCUCGUGCUGCUCGCCCUUUCCCUCGGUGUCAUACUCUUCAACGCAGAGACCGGCAAGAGCAUCUCCUUCUACUUCUCUCUCCGGCGCUUUCAUUGGAGCGUCGCCAUGUACUCCAACAUGGCGGCGGGUUUCGGGGCGCUGGAUAUCGUGUGCUCGGGCCUCUUCAUCGGCGUCGGCAGCCGCGUGCUCAAGCUGCCCGACUUGGUGAUGGCCAUGGCUGGUAUCCUCUCCAUGACAGCUUUUCUCGUCAUCAAGGGCUUCUCGCGUGAGCCGUGGAUGUUCUACAUGGGCUGUGCCAUUGGGUCCCUGAGCAGCGUGACACCCGUGGCCAUUUUGUCCAACGUGUCAAAACUCAUCAGCAAGGACGAAGCCGGUACUGCCUGUACAGAGAAGUGGCGGUGUACUCGACGCUUCCUCGAAACGACACCGAUUGUGAGCCAGACGCCAGGAAUGCUGACAUUGCCGUGCCCUCCUAGAAGAGUGACGCCAGACUUCUAGCAUCGCCUGCCAGCCGCUGCUCUUGAGGCCUGCAAGAUCGUCCCGUUGUCAAGUGCCAACCAAAAGAUCACAUGACGUGACACGACGCCCGCGCUUAAGCCACUAUAUACCGCACACGAAAUGUUGGCGCCGCCAGACUUCAACGUGUGUUAAGUGCCAGAGCUAUCGCGGAGAACCUUCUGUUGGACAAGUCGGCACCUACUUAAAGGGCAACUCCAGCGAUUUCUCGGUGUUCACAGAGUUCAGUAAAAAUUUUCAACAUAUGACCUCUUCGGUACCAUGACAAUAUGUGCCAGACUAAACGACUGUAUAUGAACGAAGGAAGGGGAACUCAUCAAAGUAUCGUCGUCUUUGUUUUGUACGGCCAAAUGAAACUAACAGACAAUGAAGCCGAGGUAAUUAUAGGGGCAUUAUUUGAAGUCUCUAACGGUAAUGUGGUGAUUAUGAUAUAAAUGUAAAGAAAUUAUACAGGACUAGAAGACAACUUGCCGCUAGUAGGGAGCGGACCUACAACCUUCGAGUAACACGUCCGAUGCUCUACCGAUUGGGCUACAGCGGCGGUCAUCCUCCCGUCCAAUUUAUCGCGAAUU